AUGCUUCGCAAGUCAGAGGAACAGGUUCAAGAAUGGGCAAGAUUGGAGACCGAACUUUUCCGCCUCGUUGAUUCUUUCCAAGCUGGCAUCGCGGCUCGGGAUGGUGUGAUCAAGAAACUCAAAAAGGAGAAGGAAGAGCUUGUGAAGAUAAAUCAAGGGAGCGAUGGGAAAAACAGAGGCCUGUGUAAGGAAUUGGAUGAAGCCAGAAGACAAAAUGCGGGGUACGAUAAACAAAUCGAGAGAACACAAACUUUGCAAGAAGAAAAAAGCCGAUUGGAAAGCGAAGUUAGCAGGCUGACAAACGAUAUCAAAGGUUUUGAGGAAUCGAGAGAGCAAAUUCUCUUAAAAGGCAAUAGUGAUCUUUUCUUCAUUCUUGCACGCUCUUACACUGCAUCCAAUUCUUCUCAAGAAUAG